AUGGCUGAAUCUUCAGAGUCUGAAAAUUGUGGUUUACAUGAGAAUGAAUGUAACGAAGUCCUGACAGAGCAUCGCAAAUCAUUGAUAAACUGUCCUCACCCCGACACAGAUUCGGUGAAAAUCUACAAAAGACGAUGGUACAUUCUACUAAUGUACUGUCUGAAAUCCAUGUUACAAAAUAUGAUGUGGAAUACCUGGGGACCAAUUCAAGCGACAGCGAGAGCAGUUUAUGAUUGGGAUGAUUACGUCAUUGAUUUAAUGGCUGCUUGGGGGUGCAUUACAUUCUGUAUCGCAAUCACACCCUUUGCUUGGAUCAUGGAUGUGAAAGGUCUACGAUUAACAAUGAUUCUCGCAGCUGGAUUGCAAUUCCUUGGCUCCGCAUUGAGAUGCAUUCCAACUGACAGCAAUUCUACAACGACAAUCUUAAUGCACUCUGGUCAAUUCAUCAUCUGCCUCGCUGGUGGCAUGUCCCCAGCUGCCCUCAUAUCUUCAACCUGGUUUCCUCCAAACCAACGCACGACUUCAACGGCGAUCUCUACCGUUUCUAGUUACAUUGGGACCGCGCUGGGAUUCAUCAUUCCACCUGCAUUUGUUGAUGAUAUCAAAGAUUCAAACAUUCCCAUGGUUGACAAUCGUUACCACUUAAAUAGCACUCAAAUAAAUAUGUAUAAAAGACAAAUUAAUUCUCUCCUGUAUUCUGAAGCUUGUAUACAGUUUGUUAUCUUUGUGGCCAUCAUUAUUUACUAUCCGGCAAAACCAAAGAUCCCACCCAGUUUAUCUGCUGCCACAGGACGUGUUGAUUUCAAAAAUGGCAUCAAGAAACUAUUUAAAAAUUAUAAUUUUCUUUUAUUGGCAACAAUAUAUGGAGCAAGUACGGGGGUGUAUGGGGGAUGGUGUUCUGUGUUGUAUCAAAAUUUAUCUGAUUAUGGUAUAAAAGUGAAUGCAAUGUUUGCUGGAUGGCUUGGAUUUGUUGCUGUGAUCAGUGGCGCUUUCUCUGGAGUCUCUUUUUCGUUGUGA